AUGCAGUCAUGGAGCCCACUGUUCCUGGUCCUAGUCACACUGGCGACGCUUGCCGCGGGGGGCGAGCAGUCGCAACAACAGCCGCAGCAGCAGCAACAGCCAGCCCAAGCCGCUGCCCCGUCUUCCGACAAGGACAUCGACACCAGGGGCUCCACCAAGUCUAUCGUCACGGUGGCUCCAUCGCCAUCGACAGCACCGGCGGCCUACCAAUAUGGUUACGAAGUGGGUUCCGCGCCUUCCUCGAUGCUGGACGCGGGCGCCAAAGAGUCUAGCGCCAUUGCACUUGGACGGUACCCUGUAAAGGAUAGCGCCGUAGGAACCCAGCAGGUCGAAGACCUUUCGGGACAUUCCGCCUCCGCCUUCAGGUCGGGCCUCGUCUCCGAUUCCGCGCUCCGAGUCGAGCAAGGGCGCAGCAGCCAGGUCUUCUUCGAACCUAAGACGCCGGAGAAGGAAGAAGAGUCUGCCCUGGUCACCAGCUACGAGAUACCGCGCGCAUCGGCCAUACCCGUACCUAAGAAGAGCGCAGAAGACUCCAGCACAGGCGGAGAGCAAAGUGAGACGGUGUUGAGCCAACCUAACAAGAACGAACGAAGAAUCGUGGUCACGUCAAAGGGAUCCCUUCCCAUCACUCAGAGGCAGCAGAAGCGCGUGAGCCAGGCGCAGAAGAGUGAGACGUCUCAGGAAAGGCCGAGGACGUACCACCCGAGAACGUUCCCCAAGCCCCAGAGGACGCCCCAGUACCGACCCACGUCGCGACCGCAGUACAAGGUCAGGACGACUUCUCGUCCGACUCCCACGUCUGUCGUCGACUACGACUCGAAACAAGCGAGCACGGAACAGUCGUCACGGGGUCAGGCCAGCCAAUUCAACAAUCAAAGCCCGCCGACAUCGAGUCUGACCAGUCAGGAGAGCUCGAAGCAAGAACACAGGGCCGCAGGAGGCUAUGAGAAGCGACCGCAGCUGACGCAGAGGCCCAACACGGGCAACACGUACGAAAUAAGGACGCCACAUUCGACUCAGUACGUGAGUAUCGGAGGAGACGCUGCGAUAAAGGGGGCGGCUGCUGCUGCGGCCAGGUACAAACACUACACAGACCAGCAACAGCAGCAACAACAGCAACAACAGCAACAGCAGACGCCUGCGUCCACGGAUGGUGGGUACGACUCUUACGACUCCUCGUCGUACCAGAGCACCACACCGGUGCAAUCGGACCAAACGAAUCAGGGCACAGGUUACUCUGCAGACGCCCAGCAGGACACGUACGCCAACCAGGGCUACAGACCUCAAGACACCAGGAGCGUCACGGUAGGAGCAUCGGCCCACGUAUCAGGCUACAACCAAGGAACGACCACGCAAAAGAACGCGCAGGGGCAGAAGGAUCAGUAUGAGUACCACCGCGGCACUGCGUACCCAGCGCAAGUGAGUGACACGUCCUCAAGGAGACCAACGCAGCCGAGCUCGUCACUGUCGUUCAAACAUGGCUACGCGUCUUCGAAGAAGGGCGGCGCGAAGCAGGCGCAGCAGUCGUCUCGAGAAACCUACCACCACCACUACCAGCAGCAGUACCACCACCAGCAGCAGCAUCAGCAGCAGCAGCAACAUCAGCAACACCAGCAGCACCAGCAGCACCAGCAGCAUCAGCAACAGCAGCAGCAAAAGCAGCAGCCACAACAGCAAACAUCCCAACAAAACCAGCACAACUCCGGUUCUUACGGCAGUCAAGAGGUAUCUCAGCAAGCGAGAACGCCCGCGUACGACUCGCGGUACCAGACGACUCCCAAGGCACCGAGAACGCAAACUACCCUGUACAAGUACCACCAUGGAACCUACCAGCAGGACAGGACGCAGCAAGGGGACGACGGACAGGGACCGUUUUCUCCCAUCGAUUACAGCCGCCAAGGAAAUCACGGCCAGAACACGCAAAGCAUAACGACACCUUCACAUCGCCCCUUCGAUCCGCAGCCAGAACAGCACUACGGGCAAGCUCAAUCACUAGGGAAAACUACGACAAGAUCUAAUACCGCAUCCAGACAGCCGGCGCCGCAGUACUCGAAACCUGCUCCGCCGCCUCUUCGCAGCGAUUUCCGUGCCACUCCAAAGCCCGAUCAUCAGCAAGGAGGCGGACAGCUCCCGCUGCCUCCGCCACCACCGACGCCACCUCCACAGGACGCCCAGGUACUCCUGGUCGAAAUCAACAACCCGCAGGCGCAGGCGCACAUCCGCGGGCAACAACUCAAUGCCAUACAGCAGCAGCAACAGCAGCAACAACAGCAACAAGACAACUUAUUUCAGCAGCGUCCACUGGCCGAACUGCUGGCCAACCACCAGAAGUUUCCGUUAAUGCAGCAGCUUCACUUCCUGGGAGCCGCGGGCCCCAACCAGCCGUUACGCGUUCCCAUCAUCGAGAUGACGUCGCCUCUACUGGGCGGUGGUAACCACCAGCAAGGGGGACCUCAGCUUCAAAACCUCAGGCAGGAGAUACAACGACAGCUCCAGCAGCUCAACCAACCCCACCAACAGCCGUUCUUGUUCGGACAGCCGCACGACGCGAUCCAGCAGAUGCUCAAGUCUCAACAGCUCUACGUGCAGCAGAACCAGGGUGUGCAGAAGGUCAUCACGCAGGGCCCCGUGCCGAUCGAACUGAGGGUCGAACCCCUGUUCGACGUGAACAAGGGAGCGGGCGACGGUGGUGGCAUCAAGGACGUGCGCAUACAAGCGUUGAAGCCUAUUCCACUGCAACCGUCUCCGCACGGUCAUCAAGGAGGGCCGAACGACAUACCCUUCGAGGUUAACAUGCUAGUAGACGCCGCCAAGAAGGCGAUCAUGUCGGCCGGAGGGUUCCCAAAGCCGGAAGUGAUCGUCGUGGACGGAAGUCAGGGUGGCCAGAUGCCCGAAAACGUUCUGCGAGCCGUGCAGCAGAUCCUGAACAGCGAGCACGCAGGUCGCAACGAGCACGGUCGCCAGCCGAAGGGCUCGGCGUCGCACCACUCGCAGCAGAAGAGCCACGCCGAGCAGCCGUUUCCUCCAGCAGCGAACGUCAAGCUCAACGACAAGCUGAACGUCCAGGUAGCCGGACUCCUGGUGGACAGCCACAGCCUGCAGAGCGUCUUCCCCAAGAACCUGAUCCACGGCACGGGCAGCUCCAAGUUGCGCUACAACGAGCCCGUCAACGUGCACAUACCCGUGAGCGACCUCCCGCCGCGUCCGGCUGUAGACGUGCGCAUCAGGGGCCCCGACGGAAAAGUUUCGCAAGUGCUUGUUCCGCUUCACGAUGCGAACAAGCUCGCGGCUUUGGCCAAAGGAGCCGGUGGCGGCAAUAACUUCGCCGGCUCUUCGUUCCCGGCACACCUUUUCCAGGGCGUACAGCACUUUGGCGGCGGCGGAGGUGGCGGCGGUACACAUCAGGGACAAAAGGAGGGUCUACUCCUGGGCGGUUCGGCCCAAGAGCCCGCGUUUGGCAUCGGACCCGUCCGGUUGGGCGAGAAAGUGAGCCUCAUGGACGGUGCCGGCGGGACACUGCAGAUCGCCGACUUGCCGCAGUUCGACCCCGCGGCACUGGCCGCGGCAGCUACGGACAUGAUCCAAUUCAGGCAUCUCUGAACUCUUGCGUGCCAUUGAAAUCUGUGAAACAAUUUUCUUAGAGGAGCGGGCGAAAGAAGUCAGGGCAUCCCCAUGCUACGAGCCGUUGAAAUCCCCGCUA